AUGAAGCAUCUCCAUUCUGUAUGCUUUCUCUUACUCUCUUACACUUGUCUCCUAUUAUACGUCGCCGCGCCGGCGAGUGCCAACAUCCGGGGUGAAGCUGAAGCACUUGUGAAGUGGAAGGCUAGCUUGGUCGAUGCCGAUGGGUCCCUUAGUACAUGGUCGAUGGCCAACUCCACAAGCCUUUGCAACUGGUGGCACGUCACUUGUGACUUGGCUGGGCACAUCAGGCAGCUCAUGCUUAUCGAGACAAGUCUGAAUGGCACACUUGAUGACUUCGACUUCCCCGCCUUUCCCCACAUGGAGAAACUCAUCCUGUACGACGUUGGUCUAUAUGGCACAAUUCCAGCGGGGAUUGGCAACCUCACGAGUUUGGUUGUGUUGGACCUCAGCAGAAACCCAUAUUUGAGAGGCGCCAUUCCUCGCAGCAUUGGCCAGCUGAUGCACCUUGGUUUACUGCGAUUGAGAUAUUUGAAGCUUGAUAGCACGCUACCUGAAGAGAUUGGUAACCUGACGAGCUUGGACGAGCUCGAUCUGUACUCAGUUACUUUGACAGGGUCAAUCCCACCAACAAUUGGGUUGCUCGUGAAGCUCCGGAAGCUUAUCCUGCGAAACAAUAAGCUGACAGGGAGAAUCCCGCUGGAGAUUGGAAACAUGACAGAACUGCAGUCCAUAGAGCUGGAUGAUAACCAUUUGGAAGGGCAGCUGCCAGGUACCAUCAUUCAUCUGAGAAAACUCAGGUAUUUGUAUCUGUCAGAAAACCAACUUGGAGGCCACAUCUUCCCGGAGCUUGGGAAUAGCAGUCUCCUGGAUGAGGUCGAGAUUGCAAAUAAUAACUUCUUUGGGGUGUUCCCGUCAUCCAUUUGCGCAGGAGGUGCACUGAAAUUUCUCAUUGCUGGAUAUAAUGGAUUUACCGGCAUUCACCGUCAGACCUUUAAAAACUGCACAUCCUUGCACAGUGUUGACUUCACGGCAAACAACAUUGUUGCAGAGUUAAGGGACUGUUUUCAUGAGCAUCUUGGACAGCUUCAGGCAAUGGAUUUCAGUGAAAACCAGUUCUAUGGCACGGUUCUGACAGAUUGGGGCGAGGUAUUCCUUUGUAAUUAUACCCUUUUAGACUUCCUAGACCUAUCAAAUAAUUCCUUGCAUGGAGGUCUCUCCCAGUGUUUCUGGGACAUGGCAAGCUUGAUGUUCAUGGAUCUAUCGAGCAACUCCUUCAGUGGCGUGGUUCCAUUCUCGAGGACAUGUAGUGUUGAUCUGAACUAUCUACACCUAGCCAAUAACCAUUUCAUAGGAGCCUUCCCGUUUGGUCUUAAGAAAUGUAAAAACCUGAUCACUCUAGAUCUUGGAGGCAAUAAUUUCUCAGGUACGAUACCAUCUUGGAUAAGCAAGAACUUACCUGGACUCAAGUUUCUUCGUCUGUCAUCCAACACAUUCGAAGGUGUCAUACCUCUUCAGGUAUUACACUUUCACAAACUCCAAUUGUUGGACUUGUCAAAAAACAAGCUCACAGGACCCGUUCCAGAUGAUUUUUCAAAUUUUACUGGCAUGGCACAUGAACAGGAACAAAUUGACUAUGUAUAUACUGGCUACGGCGUGCAUGCACAGCAAAUCCAAAUAGUUUGGAAGAAUGUAGAUCAUGUUUACGUUAUGGUGAUAGCAGGCAUGGCCGGUAUCGACUUAUCUGGGAACUUUCUUUCACAAGAGAUCCCACAUGGGCUCACAACGCUUCUUGGAAUCAGGUACCUGAACUUAUCAGGAAAUCAUUUGUCAGGUCGUAUUCCCAAAGACAUUGGCAAUCUGGUACUGCUGGAAUCCUUGGACCUUUCUCGGAACCAACUAUCAGGGGAAAUUCCUCCAAGCUUUGCAGAUUUGAAGACCAUAAGCGUCCUGAACCUCUCGAGCAACAGUUUAUCAGGGAGGAUACCUACGGGCAAUCAGUUGCAGACACUCGUAGAUCCUUCAAUAUACAGCAAUAAUCCUGGGCUGUGCGGGUUUCCGUUGGAAGACUGUGUAAACUCGUCGACACCUACGCAAACCGAAGAGAGUCAGGCUGAAGAUAGAGAGGCAUUGUGGUUGUAUUGCUUCGUGGCUGCUGGGUUCAUCUUUGGGUUCUGGCUGUACUGGGGCAUGUUCAUGUUCCGCAGCGAGACAUGGAGAUUUUCGUUCUAUCAAUAUGUGGACAACAUGCAAGCCAUGGUAACCAAGAAGAUAUAUAGCUGCAUGUCGCACUUUCGGGUCAAUGGCGCUGAAUGA